CUCCAUCCACUACUCGCUCUAUGCAUAAUUGGAUCCCGAAGAAUAUCUACAGCAAUCCCGGUUUCCUAACCUCAACGUUAAUGCUCAAUAUUUCACCGGGAUGAAGAAUGAGACUCAAACACCGCCCAUCACAACACCGAACCCUUCCGAGUAUAUUUACAACUCAUCUUCGCCGCCGCUGAUGCACCGUCGCACUUCGGUAGCUUCUUCACUUUCCUGGGACUCGGGCUGCGACGAGAGCCUGCCGAGUACUCCGGAAGGAACACUUGGAGACUACAGCACCGCUCCGAUACAGCUAUCGUACACGGAUUCCCUCAUGAUGGAUGAAGACGAUAACGACGAUGUUUACCCUUCGAACGGCAGUGCCAUCCCCCACGGCAUCGCCGUCGCCCCUAAACUCCUGUCCCUCCCGGAAUAUCCCCAGUGCCAGCCACCGAUACCUCAUCACGAUAAUCAUCAUCCUCAUCAUCAACAACACCAUCAUACGGCACAUCAAAAUCCCAUCGAUCAUUACCGCCACCACCACCAACAGCUACAACAACUAAAACAACAACAGCAACAAGAAGAGCAACAGCAACGGCAACAACUACAGCAACGGCAAAAACAACAGCAGCAACAGCAACAGCAACAACAACACGACCCGUCAUCGAUGGAUAUGGAGAUGGACAUCAAGAUGCGCUCUAGGUCGGAAUGUGAAGAGCCACUACAACUACAGCACCCGCAGUACCGGAAAAGCAACAGCCUGGACAGUGGACUGGAUUAUUCCCGACAUCGUUAUCCCGGAUUCAACGAUUCCGUAGAAAUGUCCGACUCUCCACAGUCCCUCGUAUACAGCCCGGACCGCUAUCAUCCACCAUCCCCUGAGUACCAAACCCAUCUCCAUCCCACCCCCACCACCCCCACCACCACCGCUAUGCUCGACUAUCCAGCCACAAACUGUGGUGACGCCGCACUAUCAGCCCUCCACCUCUGUUAUUACGCCGCAUCGCCGCUGAUGCCCAUGCAAUACCACCAGAUACAACGCCGAAAGCCCACUUCCCCAACGAAAAAGACGAAAGGUACGGGCCUCGGACGACUUCCGGUCGUGGUCAGCAACAACGACAAGCCGCAUGUUUGCAGCAUUGGCACGUGCAAUGCUCGUUUCAAGAGGCAGGAGCACCUGAGGAGACACGAGAGAACGCAUACCGACGAGCGGCCGUUCGAUUGCGAUAUCUGCGGGCGAAAGUUCUCGCGCACAGAUAAUUUACGGAUGCACCGGAAGACGCACAUGAAGAAGACGGGGCGAAACCUGUUCGUGCCGGGGCUCGAAUGAUUGAUCUCAUUCUUCGCACUCAUCUUCUUUCUCAUCUCUUGGGGCGGGUUUUUGUCGUUCGUUCCGAUUGUCCAUUUCUGCCGCUUAACGCCGCUUCAUUCCGUGCAUUGUCCGUUUUUGUUUG